UUUUUCUUUUAUGCAAGAUUCAAAUAUUGACCCAAUUGCUUUCUUUGAUCAUUUGGCUGCUGCUUCACAGUCUUCUGAAGAAGAACAAGAGACAAAAAGGCAAUUAGAGACCAUGAAACCACAGCCAAAAGACCCACAUUUUGAAAAGAUGUGGCAUGAUUUUGUUCAACAUUAUAAACAAGAAAAAGAAGCAUUGGAUGAAAAUCUUCAAUAUCAACUGAAUGCUUUAAGGCAAGUAGACGAUCAUUUUGAUAAAGCCAAUCUUGAACUACACAACAAGAUUCAGAACACAUUUCAUGAGUUAUCAAACGAUAUUCAGGUACAUCAACAUCAACUUGAUAUUCAACAACAACACUUUGAAAAAGAAAAAGAAUUGAUUCGAGAAAUUCGUACAUUUCAAAAUGAAAAAGUCAAAUUAAACGUAGGAGGACAAUUAUUUGAGACUUCACUUACUACCUUAAGAAAAGAUCCCAACUCUAUGUUGGCUACCAUGUUUGGUGAGCAUAGUCAAAUGAUACCAGACGCAGAUGAUUCGUAUUUUAUUGAUCGAGACAGUACUUAUUUUCGGCUUGUAUUAAAUUAUCUUCGAGAUUUGCGUAUUCCUUCUGGCAUAACAGACGAUCCUAAAGUCAUGGAUGAAUUAAUGCAGGAAGCAAAGUUCUAUCGACUUUAUGAUUUACUCAAGUUAAAAUGGAUACAUUUACCUGUCAUGACUCAAGGUAAAACAACAACUACAAGAGUCAAUGUCAAUAACAUGAUUAGAGGAAUUAUAUGACUUAUAUCCUAUCUCUUCGCCCGGGAAAUACAAACCAGUGAUCAUGCAUCUCGAAAAGAGGAACCUCGCUCACCUUGAUUUCUCUCAUUACCAUAUUGAUCCCAGGUCCAGUUUUGCAGAGAGUAAUUUAGAACAUUGUCAAUUCAUAAAUACCAAAUUUGGAUUUGAUUUUGAACAUCAAGUGAACUUUAGUCAUGCAUUUCUUAUAGGCGUGUCCUUCCCAGAAGAAGGCAGUCUGAAUCGUCCUUCAGGUGUUCAAUUCAAUGUAGAGGGUGCAAUAAUGCCACUAUGAUCGACUCGCUUGCCUUUGAUUGGUGCUUGGUGUGACUGGUUUCACUUUUUUUUUUCGCAAAUAAAAAUUGGCUUGUCUUUUUUUUUUCUUCCUCUUUCCUUAUCUA